AUGUGUGCGAACACGGAGAGAGAGAGAGAGGAGAGAGUCUGUGCAGAGACGGAAGGGCGAAAGAUGGCCACAGGUAAAGGUACAACAGAAGACCAGCAACGACCGUUGGGCAUGGACAAAGCAAAACGGUACAAGGAUGCAGGUUCAGACGCGGGCGUGCCAAAACCAAACUACCCGCCUCAAGAUACAAAGCGGCAACGGAAGGCUGUGUACUGCGAAUCUGGAUGGCCGCUCUUGAUGCGAACGGCGACCAAGUGGGUGUGCUCGGCGCUUGUCUGCAGCCGGAUCGAAUAUGCAGUGCCGGUAGAGGAGGGCGAUGCAAAUGUGAGAGGAGGUGAUGAGGAGUCGGAAAAGAGAGGAGAGAAGACGGAGAGAAGACAGAAUGGAGAGAGGGGAGGAGAUCAGGGGAGAACUUAG